UUCCGAAACGCCGAGAAGUGUAGUGAGUGUGUUUUUUCUCGUGCGCCCGCUGCCGCCAAUUUGUUGCUCUUUCGUUCAAUCAUUGCGCCUUCGAAACUGUACGCGAGACAAACGAAACAAGAAAUAAGAAAGAAAUAUCGUCACUACCGCCAAUGUACUUACGGUGCAGCAUGCCAUGGGGCUCGAUUAGUGUACCGCAUUCGCUUGACCGUACCGGUUGACAGUCGAUUGUCAGCGUGUGUUCGCCUUCGAACCGAUUCGACCAACCUGUUGUUGGUGCAGUCGACGAUCCAAGAGUGUGAGUGUGUACGUGAGAGCGUGUUUGUGUUGGAGCAGUUUGUUGAUGAUAUUGUUACCUCAUCUCAUCUUCUGUGUCGCCAAAGAAGAGCGUGUGCCAAUUGAGUGGACGUGUGUGUGAGCAGAGUAAGAGUGUGUUAGUUAGAUGUGUCGAUCGUGGCUCUGUACAUCCGUUUCCAGCACGCCAAGCGUGCUUUUUGCUGAUAUCCGUUCCGGGAUAUUGGUUUGUCCUUUUUCCAUGAUACUUUCCGUAAACGUACUCUCACGAAUACACCCCAACCGGCUAGCUUGAGGGGAGAACCGUAGGGUUUGCACACCACUACAAUCAGAAAGGCCGCUACAAAACCAGCAAGCGAGUGCGUUGGGGUUUGUAGGACUCGAGAGGGAAGAUUCUCCUUGAAAGAAGUGAGUGCAUAAAAAAAAAAAUACUUGCGCUUCUUGCUUCUACCCUCAAACGCACACGUAGCAAGCAACAGGAGAAUACUGCGUACUGCUGCGCGCGGAACACUGAUCAGCUACUGGUAUGGGUUGGUAAAAAAUUGAGAUCAAGCAACGCAAACGAGCAUAUAAAAAAGUGUGGAUCUCUUUGACGAGAGUGAGCAACAGUAAUGUGUCUUAUGGAAAAAAAAAUUCUAGAAUAAAGUAUGCGUGCAUUUGAUAUAAUUAUAACUUCUUAGCUCGUCAAAUUACUUACAGCAAUAUUAAAAAAUAUAUUUCAUACAACACAAAACGCUUAUACACACUGCGAUGGUUCGGGAGGAGCAAUAAAGCAAAUUAUUUUGGUGCCUUUGUCCACGGUUUGCCUAGUUCACUUUAAAGUGUGUAUGUAUGAAGUAGUGCGUGUGUUGGUGCAGUGGCAAAUAUUGCGCUCCCUUGACCUCGGCCCAAUGGCGCCAAUGGCGGCGGGCGCGUACAACGCUGUCCACGCUGAACGUUACCCAUUUUCGAAGGAGCCCAAGGCGUGCACGUUCGCGAACGGCCCAGUGAUGCAGUGCACUGUUGGGCCGCCCCGAGCUGUGUGUUAGUGCAAUAGUGUGGUGCAGUGCCGCGGUGUUAGUAUAGCUUCUAUUGCAUAAGACGCGCCACACUCGAUUGGAAAGAAAAGGGGAAACGCUUACACCCAUGGACCUCACGGCUUGCAGUGGAAGAAGAAAAUAGACAAACAGCAGGCUGCCAGCACGCUCCCAGUGGCAUUUACCGGUGAUCUUUGGCAUCGGAACAGGUGACCGUGCAGGUGCAGCGGCUUGGAGUACGCAGGAAAUGCUGUCCAUGCCGGACCCAUCCAUGGCCUUCGACAUUUCGUUGCCGAAGUAAGUCGCUGAGCGGAUUUUGCCUACGGUAUUAAAACAUCAUUGGGCUGCCAUGACAUAAAGCUGAUAGUAUCGUUUGGAUAUACAAUAAGUAAUUUAAAACAAGGCCACGCUACUACCUAUUCCGUCUCUAGCGCCAGUCUGCAUCAGUAGUUGUAGACAAUACACAGUGUGCGCGUGUGAGUUUUGUGUACGUGUGUGUACGUUUAGUGGAUGAAGAGAAGCUCUGAUUUGGCUUGGUUUGUGCAUUCCAAUUUCGGUGCGGAAUCACUGUAACGUGCAAACGACGUGUUGCGGGUGUGAGAUAGAACUUCCUUUAACGGUGUGUGCGAGAUAAAACAAAACAGAAAGCGUCGAUAACGAAACAUUAAAACGAAACACAACGCGUAAAGUGCGAUAUAUUCCAGAACAUUGCAACAGGUGUGGUGGCUUAGACGUUGCACGGGAAGUGCAAUUUUUGUUUUCAAAACCUGCUGGCGAAUUGUUGUUGCGUUCGAGAUUGCUCGAGCUACUUCGGAACCAUCAGUGAUUGCCACCCACCAAGCGAGUGUGUCCGCGAGUUUGAGCGUGUGUGUGUGUAAGGGAUAAUGUAAUGCAAAGAUUUUCCUACACAACAAAUUGCAGAGCCGGGACCACCUGUGGCUUCGUGGAAUCGUGUCCUCCGUUUCACCGUGUGCUCCGCAAGAAGCUCUAGCUCCAACGCACAUCCUGCGUCUCGAUACAAUGGCAGACUGCUCGUACGCCCGCUGUGUCCAGGAGCGGCGCUACAUAAGACGUGAGCUGGCCAAGUGGACGAAAAAUAUGGUACACAUAGUCGGACUAGAACGUGUCGCUGAAGAAUUGAUGGGACGCAGGAAAUGGAAACACUAUCAGGACGUCCUAACGCGACAACAGUUGAAUCUGCUGGAUCCCAGCACGACAAACUCCACCGAGGACGAUCUACUGACCGGCACGACCGGUGUUGCUGCCGCCGCCGCCGCAGCAGCUGCUGCAGCCGCGGCCGCCCAGCUACACCAGGGGCAGCUGAUGAACUCCGCCAGCGCUACAGCCGCUGCCACAGCCCUCGCGCUAGCUGGUGGCGGCAUGAUCGAUCAAAAGACCAAUCAUCCCGCCGCCAUUGUGGCCGCAGCCAACGCUGCGGCCGUGGCUUCCCUCACUACACCUGCCGCUGCCCAAGCCGCUGCCAACACAACUGCCGCGACGGCCAUAGUGAGAAAUGGGCACUGCCAGCAGGACGACGUAGAUGUCGACCCGAAAACUGCUGCCUCCGCCAGUCCCGACAGUCCGCGGGCCGCCAACUGUAUGGCGUCGGAAAAGAUCAGCCCUUCCAGUGCCAGAUCUCCCCGGCACGGCAAGGACGAUCGUGCCGCUUCGCCAGUAUCGCGCAACUGUCAUACCAAUGACAACGGCACGGCGACACCGAGGACGGGAGCGACCGACGCGGAAGGAACGUCUCCCCUGUCUGCAUCGCCCCCGGGCACGAUCGAGCGUGAUCUCGCCAGGCCCAAGUCGACCUCCGGCACCGAGCAGGCAGCUCUCGUCGAGCCUAGCAUACCCAACACUCCUGAUCGUGGUCGCGCAUCUUCCGUCGCGAGUCCGGACGUGCGGGGAGAGCAAACUGCUACCGAGCAUGCCGAAAGUAUGUCCAUCGUGAAACAGGAACCCAUAGAGCAUGUAGAUCCCUCGCCCAUCAAAUCUGAGCAACCGAAUCCAGAGGUGGCGGUCGUGCCGAAGCUGCCUAUUGUUGGAACCAACAACAACAACAACAUCAUCAACAGUAACAACAACACGAUCCAGCAUCGCAGCAACGGGAUGGCGAUAGAAGACGGUUCCGCCGGCACCAAACCGCUAACAGCGGAAACACCGGCCGAGCCCGAGGCGGCUACACCGGUCGAUUGGAAGCCACAGGACAAGUGUUACUUCUGCGUCGACGGCAAGCUGCUGACUGUAAAUGAGACGGGUGAGCUGGUGCCAGAAUCGGGCCCGGCUCCAACCGAAGUAGAGCUCCGACUUAAUAGACGGGCUGCCGCUGCUGCCGCACUGGCCGAGUCCGAUAGUGAUACGAGCGAGAGCAGCGAGCCAGAGCUGCUGGCUAGUCUUCUGAGUGCCGGUGCGGCCGGUGGAAUGUCGAACAAGUCGCUGGUAGCUUUGCUGCGUGAAGCCGGCGCCUCUCAAAAUCUUCCCUCGCUGCAGUCGUUCGUGGCACAGUACACCGCGGCCGCUUCGUUGCAGGGUCUUCAGCCAAAUCUUGCCCAGCUCUACAACCCAGCGCUAUGGUAUUCACAACUCCAGCAGCAGAUGUCACCGAGCGCGGUCGAGAUGCCAGCUGGGGGAGCCGCAACGGCUGCCCUCAGUCCGACAACGGCGGCCAAAAUGGCGGCACAGCUCGGCGCGGUUGGAGGCACUGGGGAGCAACCGCUCGAUCUCAGCGCAAAGCCGGGCACUUCCGGCAUGACAUCAUUGCUCAGCAGUAUGAUGGAUCCGAAGCACUUGUACAAGGCGAAACCCCGCUUGUCACCGGUUGGAGGACGCAAGACCUACACCGAGGAUGGGUUGCAGAAUGCACUGCAGGACAUACUCAGCGGACGGCUCGGUACGCGCCGGGCAGCGAUGCAGUACGGCAUCCCGCGCUCGACGCUACGCAACAAGGUGUACAAGAUGGCGCUAGGCGGCAAGCGCGGCAUGUCAUCCCUGCUAGAGGACGACGACGAUAAGGACUCGCAGGACGGUGACAUGAAGGAUGGCGAUCUGCUGGACAAACUACCCCAACAACUGCUGACCGACAUGCUGAUGAAGAUGUGCGGCGGAGGAACCGGGACGCCUCGAUCGCACGAAACCAACCUGACGCCCACACCUCCCGCCACUUCGACACCACCCGCCCAGCAUGCCACGCCCGAGCCGGCUGCGCUAGACAUUGCCGGCAUGAGUCUAAAACCGCACCCCAGCUCCCAAUCCAUUGCAGUGCCGUCGACCACGCCACGUCUAGCGGGGUCUGCUACGGCGACGCCUCCCGCAACUACGCAGCCACCACAGUCGUCACCGCUGGUUGCCGCCGCCGCGUCCACGCUGCUUAAUCCGAACCUAGUGAUGCAGGUGGAGCGCAUUCUGCAGGUAACGGCGACCGCGCAAGCAUCGGGCGAGACACAGCAGGCCCUGGCCGAGCUGCCCGAACUCCUCCGCAAGAUCAUCGACCAGCAGCAGCUGUUGGCGGAUCAAAUUAAAAAGGCAAGCGUGAGUGGUAGCGUACCGGCCGCUGCCACGAUACAACCGUCCGUGGCUGGCAGUGCCGGCGGUCCAAGUCCCACCAUUCACGGACUUGCCCCGGCGGGUUCCGGUGUGCUAGGAAACUCGUCUGCACUGGACGCGGCCCUCGCGCGAUCACCCUCACUCAGUGUGGCCCUCAGCGCGAACGGAGGCGCCUCACAGGCAGCCGCUGCAAUUGAUCCGUGCUAUCUUCCGUUCCUGCAACAGCUGCAGCAACAGCAGCAGGGCAAACUGCGCACUAUGUCUGCGGGCACGCCGGACACACCCGCUUCGCUGUCCUCCCUCGAGCUGAACGACGUGGCGAACGAUGACCCGCACGUCAUUCUGAAGAUUCCGUCCUACGGACGAGCCCCUGGCGCCUCGCCAGGAGUUCCCGGCGUCCCGGCCAGCAGCAAAAAUGGAGACCUGGAACGCCAUCACCUGCAUCAUCACAAUCUGACCACACCGUCUCCGCCGACCGCUGCCGCGGCCGCCGUGCUCAGCAGUCUCGUCGGAACGCCCGCCCGAACGCCGCAUUCGUCGGGUAGCCCACAGGCCGGCAUCCUGAACAGUGCCGUAACUGGUGGCGCUGGCUUGGGAGGUGUCGCGUCGGCGCCCACCUCCUCCCAGGUGUCCUUGGCCUCAUCGCUCUCGUCCUCUUCGCCGCUGUCCUCGCUGUCGGUAGCAUCGUCGGUUGCAGUACAGCAGGAACGAGCCUCGCUUGGAGGCAGUGCGCAGACCAACCACCUGUCAGUCAUAUCGCCGCCCUUGAUGAACCUGCGCGGUGCUGUGAAGGGAGAGUCUGCCCUUUCCCCACCCGCUUCCGGUCAUGGCUCGGCCCCAGGAAUGACGUCCGGCGGUAAGCCAAUGCUCUCCGUGCACGAUGUGAUAGCGCGAAGCAUCAGCAAGAACUUCCAACAGCAUCAGCAAUCGGACAUCAUGCACAAGCAGCAGAUGGAGCAAAUGAAACGGCCCAGCAUCUCCGUCAUCAAAACGCUCGGCGAUAUUUCACACUUUGGCAGUGCGGCCGCGGCAGCCGCCGGGCUCGGUUCCGUCGGGAGUGCGGCUCAGCUGGCGGCGGCGGCGGCUGCGGCCGCAGCCAACAACACCGGCACCGGAGGCAAAGGCACACGUCCGAAGCGGGGCAAGUACCGCAAUUACGAUCGAGACAGUCUGGUGGAGGCAGUGAAGGCAGUGCAGCGCGGUGAAAUGUCGGUGCACCGAGCGGGCAGCUACUACGGCGUGCCCCACUCAACGCUCGAGUACAAGGUGAAGGAAAGGCAUCUGAUGCGACCGAGAAAGCGCGAACCAAAACCGCAACCCGGACUGGACGACCACCGGCUUGGAGGUUCAUCCUCCGGGAAAGGAUCGUCGGACGGGGCAUCGUCCUUGCGAGGCCUGGACAAGGGCAAGGGUGGUUUGGGCCUUGGCGCAGGCUCGAAAGGAGCGGCCGGGCUGGCUGGCCACUCUGGCAAGAACCAUCACCAUCUGCAGCAACAGGUGCAACAGGCACAGUUUCCAAACAACUCGCCCAACGGUGCGCUCGGUGCAAAGAUGCCAAUGUUCGAUGCUUCCGCCAUGGGCUACGGAGCGUCCUUCUUUUGGCCCCACUCAACCGGCUUCAGUGGGAUGCCCGGCGUUGACUAUGCCCGCAGCCAACCCGCACCAGACGUAUUUAGCUCCCCGACGCUUAUGCAACGCUUCCAGCAGGAAGCCACGGCCAGUGCGCUGUCGCCAGCCGACUCACGACAUUUUCCGGGUGGAAAGGCGAGUUCUGCCAGCGUUGGUAGCACCAAUGCGAAUCUGACCGCCCUGCCCAAGGGCAGCAGUGUGCGUGAGAUGGCUGAACAGCUGUACGACGGCAGCGGUGCCAACGGAGGCUCCUUUCUGGAUGACAUUAUUCGGCAAAGCCUCGACAAAAAGUCCGGCGACUUUGCUAGCCACAGUGCGCUCUUCGAUCACUUGUUGAAAGGCAAGCUACGAUCGACGGUCGCCGCUGCUGGGUCCGUGGGCAGUGCCGAGGAAGCCAACACAGCCGCCCUGCAUACGAAAGUGGCUACUAAACGAGCGGCCACCAGUCCCCCGAUAGCAUUCCACCCGGAGAGCAUUAAGCGCGAGCGGGCCAGCCCCGGUGCCUCGUCCACCUCCUCCACCGGCAGCAGCAGCAACCGAUUAGGAGUUAAUCUUGGCAACGAUCAGCAACAUCACGGACAGAACCUAUCGCAGUCUGCCACCGGCAUCAGUACGCCCGAACAGAGGCUGGCGAAAAAUGUCGAGAGCCUCAUGAAACUGCACGAGAAUCUUUCGUCGAUGUCCGCGGCGCACCUACAGCGGACCGCGAUGGAAGAACUCAACGGUACACAAGGCUCGACCGCAUCACGCGCAUCGUUGCUCGGCCACCAAUCGGACUCGGUGGAUCUGCACGGCUCGGACGGCGAAACGGACACCGACUCGGUACAAUCGCACACCAAUCAUCACGGGCACAGCUUACGCCACAGUCUGCAGCAGCAGCAGCAGCAUCACCAUCACCAACGGGGACUGACGGACGACAGCUCAUAGGGCCGGCUGCGCGGUGCAUCGGCAAUGCAACUGCGCCGACCCAUCUGCUAAGCGUGCUGCAAAGUGUAAGUGAUGAUGCAGUGCCAUGCCAUUGCAGGCACUCAGUGUGAGCGAUCGAGUGUGAGCGUGAGACCGGAUGGCGCGGUGGCACAACACACUGGCCGCUGAAAUGGAGAAUCCAUAGUUCAAAUAUUAUUCUUAUAUUAAUUGUAUAUCAUCGUAGUCAAAGUGGGAGCAAGUGGGUGGCCCUUUUGCAAGUGCAAAGGAAAGGCGGAAGCGGAAGGCAGAAACCGGGACGAUGCAGUAGCAGUUAAAAGCAACACAAAACACUGAAAACAAGUAGAUACCGUUAACAGAGAGCACGAAGUGUUAACAAUUUUAUCCAUUUAAGCAGAAGGGCAGAAGAUCGCGGGAGCAGAUGUAACUUAAUCUUAGAUCGAAACAAAUAUGGGAAGUGAAAGGAAGGUUCAACAAAGACUAACAAUAAUAAUGUUACAAAGAGCUAUACAGUACAGUGGGGAGAGCAAGGACGGAACCAAUCAAAUGCGCAUGAGAUGGCAAAACAUACUUUACUAUUUUCCUUACACUUUACAUCGUCUACUAUCACAUCAUCAUCAUCAUCAUCAUUAUGAUCGUGAUCAGAUCAUCCAAAAGCAUACAUGAAUGAUCACCGUUUUCCGAUCAUCAGAGAUAGAGCUUAGUAGCUUGGUGGCUCUCGUAAAAUGCGAAUCGAAAACACAGACUAACACAAACACAAAACGAUAGACAUUUCCAAUCGGGAGAAAGCAAUAAGGCUUUGGAAAUGGAAGCGAAACUUGAAUGGCUACGAAAAUCGCGUAACGGACAGCUAGAAGCAGAAGGCGAACGUGAACAGUAAAAGACAGAAAGGUAUAAUAUCAUCGCCAACCAAAUGCUAGCAUUUGAAGCACACGAAAUGUUUUUUGACAAUCGACAAAUAGGCUCCUUGUGUGAACUUUACACUAUAAACACAUGUAGACAGACGUACACUCACAAUCGUCACCACCAACACCACCAACACAACCAUCACCACCACCACCACCACCACCACCACUACCAGCUUCACGGUUUAUGCUGAAAAGCAAAUCAGCUGUCCACAGCGAACCCAUCACCGUGACCCGGUCAAGGAGGCGGGCUUAGUGUAGGAAUAAGAUGUACGUGCAAGAAAAUGGGGGAAAUCGCGCAAAAUAUAACCCAUUUCGAUAAAGCACUCUUAACGACAACAACAUCAACAACACCACCAUCGCAUCUAUCGUAGCUUAUUGGCAGGAUUAAGUCGUGCAUAAGUCGUACCGGUCACUCAAGUCAUUCAAUAGCCAUCGUAACCGUCGCACUAAGGCUCAGUGCUCUCAGUGGUUUUGCUCUUACCGGACCGUACCAACGUAAGUCGAAAACGAAAUAGAAAGUCCCGAAUUUUUAAGAAACCAACACAGACCAGCAGUGCGUGCUGGCUUUCGAUGAAGGGAAGGGGGAAAAGGACGCCGAAACCAAUAGAAACGAAGGAUAAAUGUAAUUACAAUUUUUGGACAUCUUUUUAGGCCCUUACAAGAUUCCAGUGGGAAGCAGCUUACCAAUUUUGCUUUGUUUCCUGCGCUGUUCUGACAGCAACUGGAAACAUAACACAACACACAACCAAACCAAGGCAACCAUCGCGCGGGCCAUCAAAAACACGGUGCACAAUAUCGUAUGAAAAAUAGGGAAAGGAAUUUCUGGCAAACAAAAACGCAUAAAAGGGUUAAAAAACCGCAAACGAAAAAAAUAAAACAAAUGACUCUAAAACCAUCAAAUCGAUAUCUCUUGACAGGUAUUGUAAUAUUUUGGCCCUUGCAUUUACUUUGUGCUUCUGAGAGUGAGCAAACACG